ACGGCGACCUCCGAACCGGCCCCACAUCUCGGCCAGCCUAACAGGGACAACAUGGAAACCAGUACCAUUCAGGAGGGAAGCCGAGUCAAGAAGGGCCGUCGCUCGAGGAAGAGCAGUUCCGCCGUAAUCGAUGCUCAGCAGGCGCAGGCGGCCGGCACGGACAAGGCGGCUGACCUGGAGAGGCCUGAAUUGGAGCACUCGACGAUCAGCGCAGUCCAGGAGCGCAGUGACGUGAAGAAGGGCCGUCGCUCGAAGAGACGACGCUCCUCUGCGGCCUCGCUAGAGGCUCCGAAGCCGGAGGUGAUUCAGCAGCCGUCAUCAGCCUCUCUGCAAUCGGGGGCUUCCACCAGCAUCCCAGGUCCACCGAAGCCCACCCUCGUCAAGGACAAUACGGAAGUGGACAAGGUGGCAACUAAGCCUUCCGAACCGACAGGCCCGGCUCAGCCACCUCAACUUAAUGCUGGCAUGGUCGCUGUAAAGAAAAAGGAGGCGGUGCAUGGCGAAGCCGCAGUGCCUGCCAGGCCAAAAGAAGGGGAGCGUGCAGAUCUAUCCCCGCAGCAGCACGAGGGGCAGGCCCGUACGAGGCCGUCGAUACGCUCAACUGGAGUUCGCUCAACUGGAGAUCCGAAAACAAGCAACCUGACAGACAACCGACGCCGGUUGUUCAUCGCGGCGGUGAUGUCGGUGUUCGCCCUCAACGCGCUGGCCAUGCUGUGGCUGCUGAUGCGCUCCUGGGACAACGGAGAGGUGCAGGUCGACGUACCCGGACUUGGCAUCUUCCGUGGGCUUCGGUCCAGCAUCGAGAGCCGGCCCGUCUACAUGUUCCGGGCCAUCCCCUUCGCCCGCAGCCCCGUGGGACCACUGCGGUUUGCGGAUGCUUCCGCGGUUCCCGUGGACAGCCGUGCGGAAAUCGACGCCAGGAUUCCGAAGCCCGGAUGUGCCCAGAAAGCGUACUCGGCAAACGCACAGGUAAUCCGCACCUACGCGGGCACGACCGAGGACUGCCUCCACUUGAACGUGUGGACGCCGUGUACGGAGUACACUACGCCGGGUUGCCGGAAGACGGUGCUGGUGUUCUUCCACGCGAUCGAGUUCCAGAACGGCGACAACAACUACUACGACGGCCGCUGGCUUGCGGCACUCGGCGAUCUCGUCGUGGUGGCACCGAACUUCCGGCUGGGCGCCUUCGGCUUCCUCAACAUCGGUUGCCUCGUGGGGGGCGGCAUCCCAUGCACGCCGAGUGACGUGUCCCUGGGAGACCAACGCGUGGCCGUGCAGUGGGUGCUCGACCACAUCGCCACCUUCGGGGGCAACGCCAGCGACGUGGUGCUCAUGGGCAGCGGGUCCGGAGCGUGGUCCGUGGGCGCGCACGUGCUCGAGGACGAAACGGCUGGCCCUCGCUUCUGGAGCCACGAACGCUUCGCCAAAGUGAUCCUCAUGAGCGAGUCGCCAUUUCGGAGGUACUUUGACGACAAGUCUCACGAGCUGCCGGCCCUACUCAACUGCUCCCUCGGCGGCAUAGUCGAGGUGCUGCACUGCGUGAGGGUUGCACCGUCGCGGGAGAUCGUUCGCCUAACCAGCGAAAUGGUGCGCUUCUUCGGACCUUCGCGAAGCGCCCACCCCGGCGUCAAAGAUGCGUCGAGGGUCGCCGGGCGGCGAUUCCUGCUGGGUGUCGUCAGCAGCGAAGGCACCCUCCUGCUCGACUACCUCAAGCGGAGUUCGCCGCCCGACGCGAACGUGGACAACGUUGUGCCCGCAUUUCUAGACGCCAUCUACCACAUCAAGAACGCCGGGGAGGUCAUUGGUAAUUUCCGGAAGGCUACUACGCCAUCCGACAACGUUAUAGGGAUUGGCACCUCUUGGCCAUUGGAUCUGCUGGGCGACUUGUUCUACACGUGCCCGCUGCUGGAGCUCGGACGCGAACUUUCGGCCAGGCAGCGGAACCAGGUCUUCGGCUACGUGUUCGACCACAAGGCCAGCUUCGCGCUGUUCAACGACACGGAGGGGGCGGCACGCUUCUCGGACCUGGACUUUGUCUUCGGCCACCCCUUGGAAGGGUCGCGACCGGCCACCGCCCAAGAGCAGGACCUUAGCCGAAGAAUGAUCGGCAUAUGGUCCACGUUCGCCAAGACGGGGAAUUUACCGUCCGUGCAUGGAAAGCCGUGGACAAGCUACACAGAUGACGGAAACGAUAUACAAGUGCGCAUCGGGCUCACAACACUGGAAGAAGUAAGGGACUACCGGAAGAAGAGCUGCGCCGUCCUGCCAUCCUUUGUUGCCGAUCACGCAGUGGUGCCGACAGGAGGCGCAGCUGUCGAGUUGACCGAUGGCCGCAGCGUCACGUCGAGGGAAGGUGGCACAGUUUGACCGACCCUGCACACCACAGAACUGCUACCUCCAUCUCGACGUGGGUUUUAGUGCCUGCCUGUUGAUUAUUUUCGCGAAUGCAGGGACACCUGUCCUGAAUCUCUCGCACUUCAAGUUGUUGUGCGUGCAAGAAUAUAUGUUGUCAUGGAGUU